CUGAAGUUCGUCUGCUGGUCCACACUGUGAGAGAGUGAACGAGAAAUCUAGUUUCUACCCGGGAUCGAGCUGAGAUGAUGCAAGCACUAAAGUACUUAAAAACCAAUAAUUCAUCGUGUAGCUUUAGAAACCACUGCCUUAGGCACUAGGGUUUCUAAAAGUCAAUCACCGUUUAGAAGAAGUUGACGGUCGUAUAGUCGUAGGACGACUUUAAAAUCCUCCCUCUCAUCUGAAAGUCAGUAAGACAUCGAGUUGGACACUUACAUAAAGUGCGAGAUACCAGAAGAAAUAGUUCCAACAAUUUACAUACAUAUUAUAUCCCGUGUGUGUUGUUGCAUUUCUGUACUGUGCAACGGUAUUGUCGAGUUCACUAACAUAUGCUAGCUCAAUAGCAACGUGAACCUUUUCAUCGAAGUAGGCUGGUAAUGGAUUAGUUGCAUAUACAUACGCAAGACUGAGCUUCACUUUCUUAGCCAACCCGAAAUAUUCGGAUCUACAACAUGUGGUACGAGUUUCGUGGUCUUUAAAACAUUCACAAUGUUCACCGUUAUCACCCUUAUCUACUGGCUUGGAUACUAUUGCUACGUGGCAAUUAGUUUGGAACUACAGGGACCUGUGUUCCUUCACGAACCUUCACAAAAUGUCGAUUUUGCUAACAGUACUGGAGCUGUCAUUCCAUGUUCAGCACAUGGAAAGCCUUUUCCAACAAUCACUUGGUCCGUCAACGACAGGACAACGGUCAGUGAUAUUCCCGGUCUCCGCUACGUCCGCAGUGAUGGAUCACUCGUUUUCCUGCCAUUUCAAGCCCACGAUUUUAGACAGAACAUCCAUGACGCCAGCUACCGAUGCAUUGCCUCUAACUCAGUUGGUGUAAUAGGUAGCAGAGAAGUUAAAGUCAGGGGAG